AUGUCUCUGAGCAGCUGCAUACGCCGCUCAAUCGCUAGCCAAAGCUUGCGAACAUUCACCCGUCCGUCUAUCGUCUCGACCAUUCGCCCAGCAGCAUUGGCCUACCGCCCAUUCUCCUUGUCCGCAAACUUCGCCCACGAGCAGCCAGAGAAGCCCGAACACGAUGCGCCCGAGGCCAUUGCUCAGCCAGCCGGCAACGCCGACGAUGCAGUAGCUCCUGCAUCCACAGAGCUAGAGGCCGUCCCAUGGUACCUCCAAGUCGACACUCCUACGCCACAGCAAGAGCACCCUUUCGCCGAACGCCAAAAACUGCCCGAACUGCCUGACACUCCUCCCGCCCUCCUCCAACCCAUCCUUGUGCACGUCUCGGUCGAACUCGGACUGGACCACCUCUCUUUGAUCGAUCUGCGCGAACUCGACCCUCCUCCCGCCCUCGGUGCCAACCUCCUCAUGAUCAUCGGGACUGCUCGUUCAGAAAAGCAUCUGCAUGUUUCGGCUGACCGUCUGUGCCGCUGGCUUCGUACUGAGCAUCGCCUGACUCCUUACGCCGACGGUCUGCUCGGACGCAACGAACUCAAGCUCAAGUUGAGGCGUAAGGCCAAGAGGACUCGUUUGUUGAGCGCUGUGGGUGCAAAAGAGACUGCAAGUCAAGAUAUCGACGAUGGCAUCAGAACGGGCUGGGUCUGUGUUAAUGUUGGCAGGGUUGAAGGUGGUGCUCUGCAGAAGCCUGCCGAAGAGUUGGACAACAUCGUCGGCUUCGGUAGUCAAUCGUCUGGCUCCAGGAUUGUCGUACAGAUGAUGACGGACGAGAAGAGAGGCCAGAUUGAUCUUGAGACGCUGUGGAGUGGUAUCCUCAAGAGAUCCGUCAAGGCCAAAAUUGAUAAAGACCAAGAAGUCGAUGAUGCCGAGAAGCGUGUGCGCAGUGGCAUGCUGCUUGAGGAAUCGACCGACGUGCCCGGUUCUUACCGCUACCGUCCUCAUGCUGCUGACUAUCCCAGUGGACAACAGGCUCGAGCAUUCCACUACUCCGCCAGAUCAUCAACACAACAAGGUGCGCAAAUCUCAACAGCUUCACAAAUCAGCCCUCAAUCUGACAAUCUUAUGAAAAGUGCCGUCAUCCUGAACCAUAUGGUCGAUCAUCUCAAGACCAUGAGCCCAAAGGACGCUUACCAGGCGCUUGGCAGUGGCAGCAAAGACCAGGAGUCUACUCCUUUUCUCCAAGCCUUCUACAGCGCCAUGCCUAGAUUCCCAGAGACAAUGCACUGGCACGCACAUAUCUUGCUCCAUUGCUAUGCGGCUCGCUUAGGCCAUUGCGGCUACACCUCUACUUGUCUCAUCCAAGACUUGGAAAAUAUGCGUCUUGCUUGUCUUGUUCCAGGCGAAAAGACCUAUCUAGCCGUCUUGGAGGCUAUCAUCCUGCCUCCUCUGGGUGGCGUACCAGUUGCCGAGACUCAUAUUGACCGAACAAUAAUGCGACGAGCUCUUGCUGUCUUGGAUCGCAUGUUCGAAGACGGCUACGAUCCAGUCAGCAACCCGGUCUGCCAGAUUUUGUAUCAGGCGACCUCUACUAGACCUUCCAUGAUCGAAGAAGACCAAACCAACGUAACCGACGAAUCUGUAUCAACAAAUCAACAACCAUCUACAUUACAUCAACUCACUUCUGCUCUUUCUGUCUAUGCUCUUCGCGCUGCCGCUCAGACGUCUGCUUGGUCUGAAUUCUGGGACAUGUGGCGCUCCUUUCCUCGUCGCAUGUCACCUCGCUCAAGUGACAUGUACGUGACCAUGUUCGAGACGGUCGCCGAGAGAAAUAGUNCAAAAGAUGCUAUGGACGCCUUGCGACAAUGCGUACCAGAUAUGCUGCGUGAACAGCCCGCCGUCAGACUUGGAGGUCAAGUAGCCACUGCGAUCUUGCGUUGUCUACAUGUUGCCGAACCUCGAGCUGAGAAAUUGGCUAGGGAAGGUAACCGUGGUGAAUGGGCAAUAAUCUGGUUGCGAUGUGCUAAAGCUCUGGAGGUGGUAUGA